GAACAGAGCAGAUUCACCAGAUUUACAUCCUCCAACUUUUGAAACCAAACCCUCUGGUGUAACUUUACCUUUAACAGCAGUGGUGACCUCUUCAAGACCUCUUACAUAUGCUGAAGUAGUGCGAGGAAUAUGUCAGGAAAAAUCAACUGAGCCUUUGUCGAGGUUGAGUUCUUUUGAGCUACAGGAGACUAUAUCGUCAGAACACUUGGAAAAUCCAAGUAGCCCAACUUUGAUAGAAGAUUGGUUUUGUGAUGUAAGACCUAUUUCGCCUGAGUCUAUUAAUUCUCAAGGAGAGCAUAGACCCCUCUGUCUUGACUCACCUGUUCCUCAGUUCAGGUGUUCUCAUAUUGAUUGCAUUGUGGAUCUGUCAAGCAACAGAUCGUUUACACCAGAAUCCAAAUUAUCAGACUGGGAGGAAACUGAUUUGUGUCUGGAAGUUCUGUUUGAUGAGAACAGACCAGAGUCUCCACAGUCAGUUGUAUCAGACUAUGAACUAGACAAGUUAUUUAGCUACCGAGCUUUGUCUCCAGAUUCAGUGUCCUCUGGCUGUAACUUGGCCCCAUUUUCUGAUUGGCUGAGUGAUUUGAGAGCAUCCUCACCAGAAUCUGUGGCUUCAAAUGAAAGUCCAAUGUUGUCUUCUUUCCUGACAUUUGGUCAGCACUGUAACUACUUCCUAAGUUGUUCAGACACAAAGCCAACAUCACCACUGUCAAUGUUAUCAGAUGAGCAGGACUUUGACCUUUGUCUGAAAGAUAUGUUUAAUGAGAACAGAGCAGAUUCACCAGAUUCACUUCCUCCAACUUUUGAAGC